AUGCUUCCAGGUCUAGUCUUCGACGCUAACGGUGGCCGUACGGGCAACUGCUGGGGUGCACCUGACGGUCUUGGAUGCGGUGUCUUUGUUGCGGGGCCUGGAGGGUGCACAAGAACCACCGAGCAGAUGAAAGCAGCAUUCAACAACAUUAGGGCCCAUGACUGUAAGAUAUGCGGCACUGUUACGGACGAUGAUAAUGGCAACGACAAUUGUCAGAUCAGAAUUGACUACGUCACGGGAUGCAACAACUACAAUCAAGGACCUGUCAUUACUCUACCUAUUGCUAGCUUGGGGUUCGGUGUAUGA